UAUAUAUGUAUAUAUUUAAAAAAUAAUAAAAAUAUAAAUAAAAUAGCAUUAGAAGAAUGGGAAAUAUAUCUAUAAAACAUAAUAUAAAAGAUUAAAUUUUAACUAACUCAAAUAUUUUUAAUCAAACUAAGUUAUGACUAUGUGAUUAACGUGUAAAAAUUUGGAAAUAAAAACGCAGAGAUUUCGCAAGACGAAUCGUGCGAAAAGAUUCUACGAAACGAUUUACUUAUUCUUUUAUAUUCGCAAACUUGUCUUAAGAGAAAAAUUGGGCCACAGUAUAAUUUCUCUUUUGCUCACAGUAUCGCGACGCUUAUCGCCAAGUGUCAACUAAUUCUAGAUUUUUAAAUCACAAUAAAUGUCUUAAAUCAUGACUACAAUAAAUGUCUUAAGUCAAGAUGUCGCAAUGACAUCACAGCAGUCUCAAACACAAUCCCAACAGACACAAUUUGUAUCACAACCUCCAAAGCAGCAAGUAGUACAGCAACCAUCUACUCAACAACAACCUCAACAACAACAAAGUUCCUUCAAUGAUUUCCCACAAUUUUUGACUAAGACAAGAUUACAAGAUCUUGUGAAAGAAGUAGAUCCUACUGAACAAUUAGAUGAAGAAGUAGAAGAAAUGCUAUUACAAUUGGCAGAUGAUUUUGUAGAAACAACUGUCAAUGCAGCAUGUUUGUUAGCCAAACAUCGUCAUGCAAAUACUGUAGAAGUAAAAGAUGUACAAUUACAUUUAGAAAGAAAUUGGAAUAUGUGGAUUCCUGGUUUUGGUACAGAUGAAGUUCGUCCAUAUAAACGUGCAACAGUUACUGAAGCACAUAAACAAAGAUUGGCACUUAUACGAAAAUCAAUUAAAAAAUAUUAGUCUUUCUGUACAUUUCAUCCUGUGUUAUUAUUUUAUCUUUAACUAACAAUUCUUUUACAUGUAGUAUAAUUUAUGAUAACAUAUAUAAUUAAUAUUUGUAAAAGAAAUUAUAAUUAUAUAUAUAUACAUAAUUAUGAUUAUACAUACUUUUUGCAAUGUACAUAAUUUUAAGUCUAAAAUGUUUAAUAUUAAACAAUAACUAAAAUUUUUUUUUAACAAGUUUAUAAUUACUU